AGAUAUAUCUGGAGGCCCGACCGGCUAGUCUGCAGCCAGCACUUCCCAUCAACCACCUCCUCGACUAUACCAGAAUCAUCCGCCUGUCAUCACCAUGAGUUUGGCGAGAGCUUUUACGAAGCGCAACAAGCGUCCCGAGGUUUCGGCCCCGAUGCCGUACCGUGAAGCACACAAGUUCUCCGGCCCGAUCAACCGAGACAAGAUCUCGGCCCCAGUGGAACUGUUGUCGACAACGAAUAUGCUGGCCUACAAUGCUCCCGACAUUCACUCGGCAACCUCAUCUUCCACCUCAUCACUGCAAUCACCGGAUGACUCGGAGCUGUCUUUCACGCAACGCAGUUUUACCUCGCCGCUUACUACUCCCGAUGAAUCUCCAAUUGAGCCCAAUCCUCUGCCUUCGUAUUUCCCCAAGCGAUCUGCGACCAUUACGAGUCACCCCCGCUCAUCGACGUCGACAGCCUCGUCCACGGAGGCACCGUUAGUCCCCAAGCGGGCCCUCUCCCACACGAAACGGACCCAUCAAGAGCUUGCCCGCCAGCGUUCCUUGUCGCGGCUAUCUCCGCCUCCGUUGAACUCUUUGCGCAGCACCUCUAGCUCCCGUCCGGUGCAUGAUAGCUACAAGGCGGAACCCCAUCCCUUCAGCAAAGAAUUGGAGCAGGUGAACGAGGUUGUGGAGGAGUUUGGUGGUGCUCGUAUACUAGACGAUGAAGAGCUGAUCCUGCGGGACAAGGGAUUGAUGAAAUUUACCGCCGAUGACUAUCUCGUGGAGAUCGAGGACCUCUACGGUAGCAUCUUUGAUGACUAUCUGGGUUCGAUAGGUUCUGGAGCUUGGCUAUGAGCCAGGCUCCCUUUCACUUCUCUCUUUCUUUAUAAACACUUAUUGCUGAGGAUUUUGCCUGGAGGGCUCUGGACUGGGACUGGAUACUCCCUUCCCCUCAUCAGGAUUUGAUUUGCACCAUGACCCACUCAUAUUCACUCUUUAAUGUCUUGUGAUCUAAUUAGUUGUUUGUUUUCUUUUGGGUUAGCUAGAUACCACGGGAGGAUCUUGAUCUAUCAUCUCAC